GACCCCGCCCCGUACGUCUCCCUGUACGCUCACCUCCUCCCGGAACAGCCUUAGCAACAGGACUCUGAUUGGUCAGAUGCUACAGCACGCCGGCGUUGAAAAGUGAAGAGAAGAAGAAAAAAUAAUUAGUAAUGCGUGAUUGGCUGCCGCCGGCGCCGAUAUGAACCAAUGGGAGACGAAUGCUGCGUAAUUCAAAACGUGUACUUUCGGCGGCAGUUACGCAAAGAAACGAUUUCAGCCAGCACUAGCAGCAGAUAGCGGCCGCCGCCUCCCAGGCCCCACACAUCCCAGCAGCUGCAGCCAACCCCCGGCCGCCCGCCCGCACGCACCGGCGCCAUGUCUUUCAAGAACAUUUAUUAUUCCGACAAGUAUACGGAUGAGAAGUACGAGUACAGGCAUGUUAUGCUGCCAAAGGAAUUGGCAAAACAAGUACCAAAAACGCAUCUGAUGUCUGAGGAAGAGUGGAGAAGACUUGGUGUUCAACAAAGCCUUGGUUGGGUUCAUUACAUGAUUCAUGAGCCAGAGCCACACAUACUACUUUUUAGGAGGCCUCUUCCAAAAGACCAACAGAAAUGACUGCUUUUCACCUGUAUCUUUUGGGACAAUCUGUAUAUAUUGUAGUAUUCAGUGAAUACAAGGACUAUGACCCUCACAACCACAGCUGUGCAAGAGCUGUAUUCUUAACAGCAGAUGAGCUCAGUGAGUGUCUGCAUGAUGGAGCUGCUAUUGUGUUCUGUUCUUCUGUCUUCCUUCUGCUGUCACAUCUGUGUGUAAACCCUCUCCCAGACCACUGUUUAAUAAAGUUUACAUGUUCUAUGCAUGUUUGAUCUUACAUUAUGCGUUAAUGUCUUGAUUUUGUUUGGCCACAUUCUGACACACCCAAAAAAGUUUGAAAUGUUAUCUGAGGCAUUUUUAUUUUGUUAGAGUUGAUAUGAUGCAUCCUACUCUGAAAGUAUCACAAGUGGCUUUGUAGUACAUUACAUGCAAAAUACUGUACAUUGCUGUAUGAAGGAGCAGACUGUCUUCCAUUGUAAUCUAAUCACAUGGCCAAGCAAGUAAGGUGCCAAUUUGAUCUUUGUAAAUAAAAUAUUAAAUGGUUAUGACUAUUUUAUGAUAUGUAACCCUCAAUGUGUUAGGUAGUACCUUCUUAUGGACUUCAGCUGUGACUGUUAUGUGAUGUAUAAAGUACAGCCCAGCUGCAUUAUCAAAAAGGAACUACCCAAUGUGCUACAUAUAUUCAGAUACAAAUUACUAUAAUAGCUUGCAUGUAUUAACUUGUCACACCUAUCAAUAAAGCAAACUGUAUUUUAGCCACCUCUGUGGCCAUUUUAGUCA